CUCUCGUUACUCCCAUCCAAUCGAAUCCCGGAUCCAGACCCAAACCCUGAUCCGGAUCCUUUCUUGUCGGCUUCAACAGGCGGAGAAGCUGCGAGGAGCGUGUUUCUGAGUCCAGUUUCGCCACACUCUACCAAGUUUUCGUAAGUUAAAAACAGAAGGAAACUAAACGAUGCCUCGUAAAGGAUUAUCCAAUUUCGAUGAUUAUGAUGACGGUUUCGAUGAUGAUGAAGACGAUGCUUAUGAUUAUGACUGUGAUGUUGAUGUCGAAGAAGAUGAACACGAAGCUGAUGAACCCAAGGAGGAGGAAGUAAUUGCUAAGCGAGGGAUUUGGCGAUGUGCGAUAUGUACAUAUGACAAUGAUGAGAGUAUGCAUGUUUGUGAUAUUUGCGGUGUUAUUCGUCAUCCUGUGCCCGGUGGAAACAAAACUAUCAGUAACAGUACAGUUGAAGGCAGAUGCAAAGAACCAAUGGUAUCCAAAUUGGCAAAGUCCCUUUUCGAAUCGAAUUCACCCAAAAGGGGUGUCCUUUAUCAGCAUGAGCACAAGAAUCUUGUGUUGGCACAGGGAGCUCUGCCUAGAAUAUCCCGUGGGAACAUUCACGAUCUCCACAAGGCUUUUAGUUCUAAAAAUUCAUCCCUUAGUAGUAUAGCACCGUUCAAGUUUGAUGCUCCAUCGCCAGAUGAUUUGGUCUCCAAUGGACUAAAAUCCUCGAGAACUGGUUCAAAAGAUAGCAUGAAGAAGAAAGAGAAGCAAGACAGUGCAGAACAGAAUCCUUUAAAGAAAGGAGCAGACACAAGCUCCCAAGGUAGGCACGAUAACGUUGGCGGCGUUCAAACUUUCAAAAGUUUGCCAAAAGCAAAAGCAGAUAAGUCUAAGGAGACGAGUUCUUCGUCGAAAAACAUGGAGGCGUCUGAGAGUCUUGCUGGCACUAUGAACAAUAUGUCUUUGACUGGGGAAACAGAAACCUCCAGGGAUGUAAAAAUUAGAAGCGCAAGGUCAAAAUCAAAUCAUAAGCCGGAGGAGUGGAUGAUGCUUGAUAAAGAAUCAGAUACACUAAGUCAACUGAAUCUUGCCAUUGUGGGACAUGUUGAUUCUGGUAAGUCAACACUUUCGGGUAGGCUACUGCAUCUAUUGGGAAGAAUAUCUCAAAAACAAAUGCACAAGUUUGAGAAAGAAGCAAAGUCGCAGGGCAAAGGCUCCUUUGCAUACGCCUGGGCAUUAGACGAGAGUGCCGAAGAGAGGGAGCGAGGAAUAACAAUGACAGUAGCCGUCGCCUACUUCACCUCCAAAAGACACCACGUCGUCCUCCUCGACUCUCCAGGCCACAAAGACUUCGUUCCCAACAUGAUAGCAGGAGCAACGCAGGCGGACGCAGCGAUCCUCGUCAUAGACGCAUCCAUCGGCGCCUUCGAAGCCGGUUUCGACAACUUGAAAGGCCAGACGAGGGAGCACGCGCGCGUUCUCAGAGGCUUCGGCGUGGAGCAAGUCAUAGUCGCUGUCAACAAGAUGGACAUCGUCGGCUAUUCCAAGGAGAGGUUUGAGUUGAUCAAGCAGCACGUUGGGUCGUUUCUUCAUUCCUGUCGGUUUAAAGAAUCGUCUCUGACGUGGAUUCCGUUGAGCGCCAUGGAGAAUCAGAACUUGGUUGCGGCUCCCUCCGAAAGCCGCUUGUCGUCGUGGUACCGAGGUCCUUGUUUAUUGGAGGCAGUUGACUCUGUCAAGUCUCCUGAGAGAGACGUCUCGAAGCCUCUGCUCAUGCCUAUAUGCGACGUUGUGAGGUCGAGUUCAGGGCAGGUGUCUGCUUGCGGCAAACUUGAAGCUGGAGCUGUUCGGCCAGGCUCCAAGGUAAUGGUUAUGCCGUCGGGAGAUCAAGGAACCGUGAGGUCUCUGGAGCGUGACUCUCAGGGAUGCAGCGUCGCUAGAGCGGGAGAUAACGUGGCGAUAGCUUUGCAAGGGAUCGAUGCGAAUCAAGUGAUGGCUGGAGGUGUGCUGUGCCAUCCUGAUUACCCUGUUUCAGUAGCGACUCGUUUGGAGUUGAUGGUGCUUGUCUUGGAAGGAGCAACACCGAUCUUGCUUGGUUCUCAGUUGGAGUUUCAUGUGCACCAUGCGAAGGAGGCAGCAACGGUAGUGAAGCUUGUGGCGAUGCUUGAUCCCAAAACAGGGGAGGCGACAAAGAAGUCUCCUCGUUGUCUGACUGCUAAACAGAGUGCAAUGCUUGAGGUGAGUCUUCAGUAUCCAGUUUGUGUGGAGACGUUUUCUGAGAGUAGAGCUCUUGGAAGAGUGUUCCUUAGAUCAUCAGGAAGGACUGUCGCCAUGGGCAGAGUUACUCGGAUCAUCCAAGACUCAUAAAAAGUUAUCUAUUGUUCAUUAGAAAAUUGUUGAGUCGUCUCAAGUUUUGUUCAGUUAAAUUUCAAUCUGUAAUUUUAUUAUUCUGAUUCAGAAAUGUUUUCCUUUAAUGAUGAAAUUACAUUGUUGCCAUCUA